AUGCAUCCACAUUUAUACACAGAUGCGAAGCAAGCUGCCUGUGGUGAUAUUAUACGACAGCUAUACGAGUGUAGAGAAGAAGGUGGUUGGAUGUUCAGAAUACUAGGAGGCUGCCAGGAUAUUGAUAAACAACUCGGUAAAUGCCUCAGAGAUGAGAGAAUAGAUAGAACGAAGCGUAAUCAAGAGAAAGCAAAAGUACGCAAUCAAAAGAAGCAAGAAGCUUGGUCAAAUUUAUAAAUACAAUAUUAUAGCUCUAUCGAAAUCACCAAAUGGAUCCUUUAUACGCUCAAUAGAACAAUUAUCUACCAAUUUAGACACCAAAUCCGCUUGAUUAUAACCAACUUCAAACCAAAUUUCACCUUUUAGAUUUGAACGCAAUAGUUGUUCAAUCACGCGCAUAUAAAAUUCUAUUCCUGCAUCAUUAGAUUUUGCUAACAAUGCAUCGACGUCUUCCCAUUCUCUGACGCUCUUAUCGAGUGCCUGAUAGUCAGUCUUCGUGAUAUACGGUGGAUUCAUGGUUAGUAUAUCAAAUUUAUCAUCAAAUUGAUGCGUCAUUAUAUCUCUUUUUAUAACUUCAAAACGUGAUAGUUGAUCGACUGUUAAAUUCAAUUUUGCGUUCUCUUUUGUUAGUUCACAGGCGUCGUCUGACUUAUCAUACGCUCUAACGGUCGAAUU